GUUGGGAGAGCAGGGGACACCCACCAGCCUCUUUGUCUGCAGUCCGAGGGUCUGUGCAGGCAGUUCCAUGGGCCACAGUCCAUGUGCUGGAGAACACUGGUGACUUGCUGAGUGGUGUCCCCUGACACCACUGAGCCUCGGGAUUGGGGGGGUGGGGUGCAGCAUCACACAGAGAAGCAAACCAUGCAGACUCCUGUGUGCCCACAUUGUGCCAGGGCCUGCGACCCCAGGGAGGUAGUUGGGUCGGGUCUUGGUUGAGGCUAGGAUCCUGGGGAUGUGCCUCGUUUUCUCUAUUUGGUAUGCCUAGGGAUAGACAGCGUAGGGACUCGCAGGACACUGCGGAGUGAGAAGAGUGGAGUGGGCUUGAACUCAGAUGCCAGAGCAGACUUUAGGUUUGUCUCACCUGAGUGCGGAGUACGUGAGAAUCCUGUCCUAAACCUCUGCACAGAGGAGCUAGAGCAGUCGGCUAGGUCCUGGAUGUUUGGGUGGGUGGGGGACGCAGUGAUGCAGACUGGGGGCUCAUGAAGCCCCCAAAGUGACGAAAGUAGGACGCACAGGUGGCCAGGGGAGGGUGUGCAUACAUGCCCCAGGCCAGCCUAGAACGUUCUCAGGUAGUCUCCAGGCUGCUUGCACUGCUGGGAGUGGUCGGGGCGCAUUAGGCUAGGACCAGCUCAACUAGGGCCAGCGCAAUUGUUUCUCUAACUGCAACUGCCAGGCGGAGGGGGCCGAGGGUCUGCGAUUGGCUGCGGACCUAAGGUCUUCCAUGGAUUGGCUAUUCCAGCUCAAGGGCUGAGCCAGGGGUGGUGGUGGGGAGGCAGAGUCCGUCCUCCGAGACUUCAAAUAGGAAACCCCCAAUAGGCGCGGGCAAAUCAGAAGUGGUGCAGUUGACUGGUGAGGCGAGGGAACCGCAGACCGCUCGGGCGCAAAGGGACCAGGGCGCCGAGGUCCCGCUGCGCGCGCCGGGAGGACCCAAGGACCAUCAGGCGCGGGUCUCGCUUAUUUUGGUCAUGGGGUCCGCAGCGUUGGAAAUCCUGGGUCUGGUGCUGUGCCUGGUGGGCUGGCUGGGCCUGAUCCUGGCUUGUGGACUGCCCAUGUGGCAGGUAACCGCCUUCCUGGACCACAACAUCGUGACGGCGCAGACCACCUGGAAGGGGCUGUGGAUGUCGUGCGUGGUGCAGAGCACCGGGCACAUGCAGUGCAAGGUGUACGACUCGGUGCUGGCGCUGAGCGCUGAGGUGCAGGCCGCGCGCGCGCUCACCGUGGGCGCCGUGCUGCUGGCCCUGGUCGCGCUCUUCGUCACCCUGACCGGCGCGCAGUGCACCACCUGCGUGGCCCCGGGCCCCACGAAGGCGCGCGUGGCCCUCACCGGGGGCGCGCUCUACGCGCUGUGCGGGCUGCUGGCGCUGGUGCCGCUCUGCUGGUUCGCCAACAUCGUGGUCCGCGAGUUCUACGACCCCACAGUGCCGGUGUCCCAGAAGCACGAGCUGGGCGCGGCGCUGUACAUCGGCUGGGCGGCCUCGGCGCUGCUCAUGUGCGGCGGGGGGCUGGUGUGCUGCGGCGCCUGGGUCUGCGCCUGCCGCCCGGAGUUCAGCUACCCGGUGAAAUAUUCGGCGGCGCCGCGUCGGCCGGCGGCCAGCGGCGACUACGACAAGAAGAACUACGUCUAGGGGCGGGGGCCACGGCGGGGCUCCUCCCGGCAGCCCGGCCCGCGAGAGCCGGAGGACCCGCUGCGGGAGCCGCGCCCGGAUGGGGGUCUCAGCUGACUCGAGGACGCCGCGAGCUGGGCGGCGCUCGGACCAAACCAGCCGGCGUGCCCGCAGCGCGCCAGACCGGCCCCGCCUGGAGCAGAUGCGCCCUUGUGAGGAUUUGAUCGGCUUUUCUGUGCGUGCCUGGAGCUGUCACGACAGAGGUGGGGCUCAGAAAUGAGUGCUAGACUGCAGAUGCCAGCUCCUCCUGGGAUCCUGGAUGUCGUCUUACUUCCCAGCGGUCCCUGCGAACCUCGGAGGGCAAAUGAAGAGCCCAGAACCCCAGAUGCCUUUUCCUUCUCAGCAGGGCAGAACCUGUGAGAUCAAGAGACUUAGCCUGGACCUUUUCUCAACCCAGCGGUCCACUUGGGGAGGCCUGUGGGCACUAGAGCGUGAGCUGGGGCUGCCCCUCCUUGCAGCUUGGGGGAGUUGGUGGGGAGGCUAAGAAUUUGCUUAGUAAAUGGUUUCAACACUC